AGACUUCCGGGUUACGAGGCGGGGAGAGCGGUUGCCGGAAGCAGUAGCUGAGGGAAGCGCAGUCGGACCCGGCAGUUGGGAGUGCAAGUUUGUGCCGGCUGGGAGCCCAGGGAUCAUGGGCAGAUAAGACUCGGCUGCCGAUGGAAGAACAGUUUACUAAUUUUGAGUGUGGCACCAUAUUUAACAUGUAGGUGACAAACUGGGAGUCGUCAGUGGCAUUCUGCAAAAUCAACUUUGCCUCAUGAUCUCUGAAUCUCAGAGUGACCUCAGAGGCCAUCUUAUCCAACUCAUCCUUGGACAGCCGACACGUAGUGCAUCCUGAGGCCUAUUCAUACAGCCUUUCUAGUGUGGUAGGACCUGCCACAGUUUGCUCUCCACUGGUCUAGCUUCUGAGAUCCCACUGUGCCACAAUGAGGCAUCAGAGCCUGCCUGCAUGGAGCCAAUCAUCAAUAGUGGUCAAUUAGUAAGCAGUUGCUGAGAGAAAGAUUUAGGCAAUGGCUGCUCCUCCUUUCACCGGGCUUACAGCGGUUGCUGAUGUAAUUAAAGACCUAGACACUCAGAUAGCUUUGAUUGGCCUCGGUCCCCACAAUCCCAAAAAGAAACAGGACCUUGACAAGCUCCAUGAACUGAAGGCCAAAGCCAGGCAGAUUAUGAACCAGUUUGGCCCCUCAGCCUUGAUCAACCUCUCCAACUUUUCAUCCAUAAAACCAGAACCUUCCAGCACGCCCCCUCAGGGGUCUAUGGCCAACAGUACCACAGUGGGAAAGAUGCCAGGCCCCCCAGGGGCAGGGGGGCGUCUUAGUCCUGAAAGCAAUCAGGUUUUGACCAAGAAGAAAUUACAGGACCUGGUUAGAGAAGUAGAUCCCAAUGAACAGCUGGAUGAAGAUGUAGAGGAGAUGCUACUACAGAUUGCUGAUGACUUCAUUGAGAGUGUAGUGACAGCAGCGUGCCAACUGGCCCGACAUCGAAAGUCUAACACCUUAGAGGUCAAAGAUGUCCAGCUGCACUUAGAGCGCCAGUGGAACAUGUGGAUCCCAGGUUUUGGUUCAGAAGAAAUAAGGCCCUACAAAAAGGCCUGCACCACAGAGGCCCACAAACAGAGAAUGGCCUUGAUCCGCAAAACAACCAAGAAAUAACCCAUGGGAGGGGCAGGGAGAAGACGCUGCAUUUGGAGCCCCAGGAGAGAGGCCUCCGCAAUAUAUCGCCAAUGGAGGUUUUUUUAUGCUUUAAAGAGAAGCAUAUAUAUUUUUAUUAACAAUACAGCAAUAUCUCUAGUGACUGAGGAGACCUGCCAAAAACCCUCACCAUUCGAUGGUCCCAGCUCCCCUCCCUUUUUCCUGCCCUCUCGGAAAGGAGCGCUGUAGCUCAGCCCAAAGGAGCUUUGAUUUGUGGUUUAUCCCAAGUGGCUGUCCAAGGGACAGAGCAUCCUGGUCUUGUUUGGUGCGACAGUAGCGGUUUCUGUUUUCCUUUCCUCCCCGUACUUUGUAACGUCAGUGUUUAUAUGAAUAUGACUUUGAUUUGUUUUUCAAAAAUAAAGAUGUUAUUAAUCUUA